AGGACGAGCAUCGGCGGUCGCUGAUCCUGAGCGGUCGCCAACGGUCGGCCCAAUCAACGCCCACCAUAUCCAAACCAUAGCCAAUCAAAACGACGUCUUCGAGAUUGCACUUGCUCGAUAUCGAAGCUUCACUUGCCAAGGCGACGAUGGAGGCAAGCGCGCCCGUCGAGAUGGUCGAAGACGACGCGACUCUGUUGACGCCCAAAGCGGCGCGGCCAUGGGGCGGCCUCAAGAUCACGCAGUUUCGAUCGCGCCGCGCGUCGACGCCCGAGCCCAAUUCAAGUGCAACUGGAGCGCCCACGACGACGUAUCACAUCAAAGACUGCAAGCCCGACGUCGUCGCGCUUCUGCACCGGGCGCUGGACGAAAAGGACGCCGCCUUGGCCAUGCAAGCCGUGACCACGCACCCAAAGCUUGUCGCGUCCCCGCUUCAGGACGAUACGGUGCUCUUGCACCAUCUUUGCCAGUGGCCGCAGAUCGGAGCGGCGCUUGAGCUCUUACAGCACUGUGUGCACGAAUAUCCCGAAGGUGUCGCCUACAUGGAUAAGCGCGGUCGGGCGCCAUUGCACUACCUCUGCAUGAACCCGUCCGUGACCGUGCGUGCGAUUCAAGUGCUCGUCGUCGCGUUUCCCGUUUCAGCGGCCAUGUGCGACAAAGAGUCGUGCCUCCCGGUGCACUAUCUGUGCUUGAACUCGAGCCAGACGAUCGACAUGACCAUGAUGCUGCACAACUACGAGACCUUUUCGCUGCGCAAUCACGAGGGCCGCACGCCGUUGCACUGCGUUCUCCUGCGACCCGAGUGUGAGUUUGAACUCUGCGCGACCGUGCUCUCGCUAGCCCCCGAGACGACGUCCGUCGUCGACAGCAUGGGACGCACCAUUUUGCACAUGGUUGCAGCGCACCCGACCCACAUUGAGAGCCAAUUGCUCCAGCUGCUCUUGUCGCUGGACGUGAAUGCCGCACAGCACAGUGACAUGCAUGGACAGCUACCGCUGCACCGGGCGGUCGCCAACCCGAAGGUGACGGCGGCGGCGCUGCGGCAGCUCCUGCAUGCGUUUCCUGGUGCCGUCGAUGUCGUGGACGGCCAUGGCCAGUCGUCAUUGCAUCUGCUCUGCAGCAACGAAGCGCUCGCGAUGAAGCUCGUCGUUGAAUAUGCGGCUGUUGCGACGAGCGUGCCGACGAGUUUGCUCUGGCUCGACGACGAGGCAUCCACGAGCUUGCACAUUGCGUGCAUGAACCCGUCGAGCUCACCAGAGAUGAUCCGCGCCAUCUACGAUCUGCACCCGGACGCCGCGACCGCACUCGACAAGUACGGGUGUACGCCGUUCCACUAUGCGUGCAGCCAUCCGAGCAUCUCGGUCGACCUCGUGUGGCUCUUCCUCGACCAUGCGCGCGCGAUCACAAGUGUCGUCGACCAAGUAGAACGACGAGGCAAGACGCCGCUGCACUACCUCGCCGCAAACCGCCACGUGUCCGUCGACAUGAUCAGCAUCGUCUUUGAUGCGGACCCGUCGGCCUCCCAAGUCACCGACCACGCCAUGAAGCUGCCGGUGCACUACUUGAUUGAGAACCCGUCGAUUCCGUCCGCGCACGCCUACCGGCUCCUCGCUGGCGGCGCGUCGUACCGUCAGCGCUAUCGCAUUUCUGACCGCGCCGUCACUGAGUUUGCAACGACAUUGUUCUCCCACGGGCCGCAGGGAGAACAUGACGUGUGCUUCUCGGCCAUCGACGAAGCUGUCGACGGCCAUGACGACGUGCGUCUGCAGUACUGUUCGUCGAGCGCGAUCCACCGCCAUUUGAUUGGGCUCUACACGGCGCUGCUGGCGACGCCGGCACCAAACGGCGUGGCCGUGCCAGCGCUUCGCGACACCUUUGAGAACGCGCGUCGCCGCAUCCGCCUCCCAGCGGGUGCGUCGCGGACACUUGAAUUCGGGCUCGUCACGUCGACCCCGCGCGCGACCGUGGCCACGAGCGGUGCAGUGGACCCCCGAAGUCUUCUCGCGUCCGUGGCAGCGGUGCUGCUUCAUUGGCACGAGGUGGCGCGUGUCGUGCACGGCAACAUUUGCCCGGCGACCGUCGUGCAAGCACCGGUCGAGGACACGUAUAUGCUGCACCCGGCGCCGCACAGCGUCUUCAUCGGCCAAGCCAUUGCAUCGUGGCUCGUCUUUCCGACCCAGAACGUAUUGUACUGUGCGCCCGAGAUGGCGGCGGCGUACCUCCAAGGCGAGACGCCGAUACCGACUGCCGCGACCGACAUGUGGCAGCUGGGCUGCACCAUCUACUACGUGGCCACGGGCACAACGCUUUUGGAAGCGAUCGCGCCGCACGCCGCCCUGUGCACGCCCGACCAAGUGCACCACCUGCUCUUGUCGAUCAACGAGAGCGUGCUCGAGACAGUAAUGCAGCGCAUCGGACGCCACGAUGUGCAGCGACUGGUCAAGCACCUCUUGGAGCUCUCGCCUUCUGCGCGGUGGACGGCUCGCCUCGUGGUCGAAGCGACCGCGAGGCCGACCGACGUCUCGUUGCCGCCUCAUGACACUGAUGACACUGCACUUGACGGACCUGCGAUCGACGCUGCGACACUGCUCGUGCAACGCUUACGAGACGACGUUCAGAUGCUAACGAAGGCGACCGUCGAUGCCAAGACACGUCUCCGCCGCGUCGAGCUCGACCGCGACCAUCUUCGGCUGCAACUCUCGGAGCUUGUGGACCGACUAAAUGCAAUUUUGCUCGAGAAAGAGGAAGCGGUCCAGCAGGUCGCAGUCAUGACCAAGAAGCGCGCGUCGCUCACGCAGCAGCUCGACACGAUGGUGCACAUGCUCAUCUCGGUCAUGCCCCUGGCGCAAAAGGUCUAUGGCGCGAUGGGCGACGAUCUGCUCGCGCGGCUCAUGUCGCACGCUGCCAUGGGCACGCCGCCCGAGUCGGCCUUGUACGCGCUGCCUGCCGCGAGUAUGUCGCUGAACCGCAUGCUGCGCGACCGCCUCCGGGACACGAUCCUCGCACGCGGCUGCGUCGGGCAGUGGGCCAACGCCCCACCGUCUCUCUACAGCGACGAUGCCGCAUCGUUCGGGCCCGUUGACGACGACGACACGACAAACCCAUAAAAAGAGUCUAUGAACUAGGACGGAGCAAGGCCGAGCGCGUCGCUUCAAACGUAAGGAAGAAAAUGCAGCACCACGGCGCCUCGCGCAGCCAGUAGGGCACAAAGCCCUUG